AUGCCGCUCGAAAAUCUCGAGGAAGAGGGUCUGCCCAAGAACCCUGAUCUGAGGAUAGCACAACUCAAGUUUUUGCUCACAAUGGACGGUCACCGACAAGAUGCUAAAGUGAAGACGGAGCUCAUGGACGCUAUCAAAGCUAACAACAUGGCUCCCUACUAUGAAACCUUGUGCAAGGAGCUCAAGUGGCAACUUGAUAGUGACCUGGUUAGCAAGAUGAAGAAGGCAAAUGAAGAGGAGCUGAAGCGACUUGACGACGUGCUGGAAGACGCAGAGAAGAACCUCGGGGAGAGUGAGAUCAGAGAUGCGAUGAUGGCAAAAGCGGAAUACCUGAUCAGGAUCGGAGAUAAGGAGGGGGCCCUAACAGCGUUUAGGAAGACCUAUGACAAGACUGUAGCGCUAGGUCACAGACUAGAUAUCGUCUUCUACCUGCUGAGGAUCGGCCUAUUCUACAUGGACAGUGACCUCAUCACACGGAACUCUGAGAAAGCCAAAAGCCUAAUUGAAGAGGGGGGUGACUGGGACAGGAGGAAUCGACUGAAGGUCUACCAGGGUUUGUACUGCGUAGCCAUCAGGGAUUUCAAACAAGCCGCCGAGCUCUUUCUCGACACGGUGUCCACCUUCACUUCAUACGAGCUCAUGGACUACAAAACCUUUGUCACCUACACGGUCUACGUGUGCAUGAUCGCGCUCAAGCGCCCUGACCUUCGGGAAAAGGUAAUAAAAGGAGCUGAGAUCCUGGAAGUGCUGCAUAGUCUGCCAGCUGUUCGGCAGUAUCUGUUCUCCCUCUAUGAGUGCCGCUACGCAGUUUUCUUUCAGUCUCUUGCAACAGUGGAGCAGGAGAUGAAGAAGGACUGGCUUUUUGCUCCACACUACCGCUACUACGUGAGGGAGAUGAGAAUCCAGGCUUACAGCCAGCUCCUGGAGUCCUACCGCUCGCUCACCCUGGGCUACAUGGCAGAGGCCUUCGGCGUCAGCACAGAGUUCAUUGACCAGGAGCUGUCUCGAUUCAUUGCCGCUGGACGUCUCCACUGCAAGAUUGAUAAAGUAAACGAGAUUGUAGAAACCAACAGACCUGAUAGUAAAAACUGGCAGUACCAGGAGACCAUCAAGAAGGGUGAUCUGCUACUCAACAGAGUCCAGAAAUUGUCAAGAGUUAUCAACAUGUAA